AUGCCGUCCAUCCGAUCCUGCAGCGCCUGUCUCGACCGGGGUACCCUCUGCGACGGGAACCCGCAAGGAUGCCAGCCCUGCCUACGCGGCGGCUUUAGCUGCAGAAGAGACUACCGCGCCUGCCCGGCCAUUCCUCAGCCAGACUGGGGCGAGACGCAGGCCACCGCCGAGCAAGUCGCAGGCAUCCCCAGCGCAGAGAUCACAACCGCCCACGCACCCCUGAUCGCCGCCCUGACAGCCUUCUACAACGCCCUGAUCCAACUGCAGUACCUGCGCGAACACGAGCUCGUCCGCCCGCCACACGUCUCCGAACACAUCGAUCUCGAUGCAUUGGUGGAGUCUGGCUUCGAAGCCCAAGCCAUCGCGCUCAUUUUGGCUUUGCCCCAGGUUAAUAUCCCCCGGAUUGCCGACGCCGAGAUCGACAUCACGCCCGACGCCGCCCUCCCCUUCCCCUACCUCAACCUAGGCAGUCUCCGCACAGCGACGUACGCCAAUACCGCGCGCGACCCGUUCUAUCACGGCCAGGGCCAGGACCAGGACGACAACGAAGAGCACGAGCACGAGCGCGAGAACUGGCGCAUCCCGCCCUGGGCGCUCUUCAUCACGCGCCCGGACCCCCAGCGCGGCUACGGCUUCACCCACUGCCGGAUCUACGAUAUGCGGAGUCGCACGCUCGGUCUAUGGUCGGACGCCAUGGUUGGGCGUGCGGGAGACACUCGCCGCCACGGUCGCCUCCUCAUCGACGCGCGUCCAGCGGACGAGGUCAUUGGGGAAUGGACUGCGUCCCUGCGCGCGCUGGCCUGGGUGCCCUCGCUCUCAGACCGCGAACGCACGAUCCAAGCUGCGCCCGAUCUCGAACGCGUGAAUCGGGCUAUUGCGCACGCGCAGACGAUGCCGGAGGAUUGGGGCGCUCCGAUGAUCCGCGACGAGAGGCGGAGGUAUCAUGCUUACUGGGCGCAGCGGGGGAUCUACGAGGGGUGCGGGUGGCCUGAUGCGUUGAGGGAGGAGGAGCUCGUGGGCAGGAGGGGGGAGUGGAAUGCGGCGAUUCGGCGGCUGGGGGCGGCGGAGGUUGAUGCGUUCUAUCGGGGGCUUGCGGGGGGGCACGCGAUUUGA